UUGUAAUUCAGCCACAUUGGAGGGUUUUCGACCUUUUUAAGGUCACGCCACGGCAUCUCGAUAGGAUUUGGCAGCAGAGCGGCAUAUUUUACAAAUGAAGAGCAAACUGUAAUAUUAGAGAAAUAUGAAGAAGUUAAACACAUGAUCCAGCUGAAAGCAGCAGCUGCAGGAUGGACAGCCGGCAAAACAUCGCCGACUUAUUUUUAAUUUUAUUUAUUAUUCGGCGCACUGAGCUCCGCAGGAUCGGCUAUGCCGUUGCCGUUGAUGCCGUUUUCCAGGAGAACUGAUUGGUCGGAGGCCAAUAUAGGCGAUGCUUUUAUACGCGUUGAUCCGUUAUGGUCAACAUAACCUGCUCCGGAGCAGGUCAGGUGUUCAGCAAGUUACUGUGGCGAUCUAGCCCGGUAAGAAGUUAACCACCAUCGUAGGACUGAACCACGGUCACACCUGGAGUUACCUGCUGACCCCAAAUCCUGCUUCUUAGUUCAGGACUCAGAGCUGGACUCAUAAAUCACUAAGUCUGGACAUAACGUCCAUCCUGAAUUCAGAAGCAAUCAACUAUGUAAACAGGAAGUGACUGCUGCAUCACAAGCUGUAAUGUAACUUUCAAAAUAACAUUUUCAGGCCAAAUGAUAAAUCAAACUUUACUGUCAAUCCUUUAUUUAUAUCUGCAUUCAUGUAGAAAUCUGCGUGUUCAGAUUGAAACAUCAAUGAAUAAAGAACCAAAGGAAGGAAAUAAGGAGAAAGAGAGAGAGAGAGAGGGUUUUCCACACUGGGUGUAGCCUGGCAGUGUAACCCCGCCUCCUUCACUGUGAUUGGAGGACUCCAACCCCUAACAUGAAAAAUUACAAACAAUAUAAGCAUGUGAUUGGUGGAGCUGGUUGGAGGCGGACCAGAGCCUGUGAGAUGCAACUCAGGGUGAGAAAAACCCUCAGACCUCUCAGGGGGAUGAGGAGGAUUAGAGCAGAUUACAGUUUAUAACAGCAGAGAAGAAGAAGAGGCCAGUAUAGGAACAGAGAAUGACCAGGACGGACUGGACCAACUGGACUUGGACCAACUUUUCUGAGUAGAAUCUAAGUGGACUGAGCUGGGAGGUGGAGGGUUAAAGUAGGCUGAGCUGGGCUGAACUGGUCCCUACUGAUCCUAACUGGUCUAAGCUGGUUGGGGGAACAGGAAGUGGUCUGGAUGGACGGUUUCCAGGCAUAUGGGGCAGGGAAGGCGGGCGGAGCUUUCGACCCACUGACCUUCAUCAGACAACCUCAGACUGUGGUGAGGAUCCUCUGCUGGCUCUUCUCCAUUGUGAUCCUCGGCUGCGUUGCUAACGAGGGUUACGUUAACCGCCCUGAUGAGGUGGAGGAGUUCUGCAUCUUCAACCGCAAUCAGAACGCCUGCAACUACGCCGUCGCCAUAGGAACGCUGUGUUUCCUCUGCAGCACCGGUUUCCUGGCGCUGGACGUUUACUUUCCUCAGAUCACCGGCGUGAAGGACAGGAAGAAGGCCGUCAUGGCUGACAUCGGGGUGUCAGCACUCUGGACUCUGGUCUGGUUCGUGGGUUUCUGUUUUCUGGCCAAUCAGUGGCAGGUUUCUAACGAAGAAAACAACCCUCUGAAUGAAGGAGCCGACGCUGCCAGAGCUGCCAUCGUCUUCUCCUUCUUCUCUGUCUUCACCUGGGCUCUCCAGUGUCUGCUGGCCGUCCACAGGUUUAAACUGGGAGCUGAUUCUGUCACAUUCAAUCAGGAGUACGUCGACCCCGACCGACAGGAAGCUCUGGAGGAGGCCCCGCCCACUGAUGAGUAGAGGGGCGGGGCUUAAACACAGACGACACAGGUGCUUUUCAUUAUGCUAACUCGCGUCCUCCCUCCCCGGUUCUCGUUCCCCCUCCGCCGUCACGGAGGCUCUCCCGAGGAGAGAGGAGGCUUCUGGAGGAGCUCGGAGGAAACACAGGUGUGUCCUACACGGACGUCUUUGUUCAGGUGGCGUGACGCCGCCACACCUCCACGCGUGCACAGAUAAUGUGAUAGAACAAUAUGAUGCGGCGUCUCCUGGUGUUUGUAGAAAAUACAGGAUCGUUCAACUGCUUCACACAGAGCCGCAGUUCAUUAUGUGGUGCGUUAUUGUGCACAUAAAGAUGCAAGUCAGUAACACGGAUCCGUACACGAGUUACAGAUUUAAAAGGAUUCAAUCAAGGGCAGUAAUAACAUCUAAAUGAAUACAGGCCUCUGCUACAUGCAAGACCGUUACAGCCUGUAAGCUUUCAGAUCUAAGAAAGACACUGUAAGGUUGUGAAAUGGUUCUUAAAUAAUGGGCUCUGUGGACAUUCGUACCAGUCGGUGAUACAGCUGUGCAGGUGAUACAGCUGCGCAGGUACAGCUGCGCAGGUGAUACAGCUGUACAGGUGAUACAGCACAUCAUAAGUAACUGACGUCGCUUCAGACUGACGCUAUGGAACCGAGGAUUUCUCAUUUGGCAGCUUCGGCUCCUCCGUCACCUCGUCUCUUCGUCAUGUCUCUCUCUCACAUCCUCGCUGGGAGGAGCUGAGACGCGAGGAAGAGACAUGAGUGACUGAAGCGAGGAGACACGUUAGCAUAAUGAAAAGCAAACAUGGUGUCAGUUUGUGUUGUUUAUAUUCAGUCAUCAUGCGUCCAUGGACUCGUCCUCGACUACAGCAACAUGUGACACACAAUAAAAACAUUAGUUUGAUGAUGAUGGUUCACCAGGGGGCGUGUUCUCUCUGGCAGCAGCCAAUCACAGUAAAAACAAGUCAAAAAUAAGUGUACACUGUUUAAAGGUUUAUUUUUAAAUCACAUAGACACUGUCGAGCGCUGACAUGUUGACAACAACCACGCCCCUGGGAUCCGGGCGUGGGUUGCCAGGUUGCAGUAACAGGUUGAAAUUGUAUGUAGUGUGUGGAUUGUGUGUGUAGAUGUGUUUCAUAGGCGAUCUGGCAAUUUGGGUGACGUCAGACAAACAUCCAAAACUUGGAUCAGUGUUUUCAUAAUAAAGUUCGAGGGCCAUGCAAAUUACGGGGAGUUUCCCGGGAGAAACGACAAACGGGAGGGCGCUGGGAGAAACGACAAACGGGAGGGCGCUGGGAGAAACGACAAACGGGAGGGCGCUGGGAGAAACGACAAACGGGAGGGCGCUGGGAGAUGGCCUUGAAAUACGGGAGACACUCAGUGAAUCUGGAUUAGAUUCUAGAUGUGUAUUAAAUUUAGUGUCAUUUGGAGAAUCACAUGUUGAGUUCGGUUUUCCAAAAGUUAAAAAGUGUGCACGCUAGGGGUGCAACGAUACACAAAAUUCACGGUUCGGUUCAUUUUCGGUACAGCAGGGAAACAAAAAAAUAAUAUUUUGUAAUUUAUUUUGACAGCGGCUCAUUGGCCACAAUUCUUACUGUAACAGUUAAGGCACUCAAAUGCUGUAAUAAGAAAAAUAAAUAACACAAAUGUCAGUAAGACUUGCUGAUAAUUCCUGAACAGCUGCCGCUUGCGCUGGUUUAUACACAGCAGCACAACGACUCAAAUGCACACAUGAAGACACACUGUAGCAGAGCUCCAGCACUUUGACCACGUGCUCAAAUCCUGACUUCUCUACGAUGAGUACGGUCGCACAUCUGCAGCGAUAAACUCUCCUGUAGCAUCAGUUAUUGAUUUGGUCCGAACCCGCGGCGAGAGGCUGCCUGAACGCUGAGGGGAGGAGGACUCGCCUUCCAGUCUGUUUGUCUCGUUCCGCUAAUCGACACAUUCGGCUGAUGCCGUCGUAAAUGAUGUUUGAAGUGUUUCACAGACAAACCCGAAUUCUGUUGAACAGUGUCGGCAUACAGUUUGACUCUCAUACGCCCGUCGUAACUAACCGGGAAACCACGACGCUCCCAUACAGAGGAUCUAAAUGUCAGGGAGGAUCCUCCAACUGGUCUCUCAUUUGUGUUUACCAUUCGGAGGCAGCGCCACUACAGGAGCGUGACUAACCGGGCUACGCCGACUAGCAUGCUACAGCUGAUAGACAGCAACUGGUGCGCUGCCAAAAUGUUCCGGGUAAGACUAGCGCCCUACAAUUUCUGUUCCGUGUGUGCAUGUAGUCGACAUAAAUAGAUAUUUAUAUAUUUUAACAGUAAUAGUUUGGUUCACAGGGCACACCAGUCCGAGGAAGUCGCUAACUGAACGUCCUGUACCGAGCGGUUCGGGACGAAUACACGUACCGUUUACACCCCUAGAAGAUCAAAUUCAUGACACAAACAGAUGUUAACAGCUAUUGUUUUGAACUUUGUCACUGUUCAGUUUAGUUACCUGAUAUUAUAAACUGGAUUAUGAUUGGCCGGAGCAGCUUCAUCAUCACUCUGUAUCACAGCUGGAAUAGAUGCAGCUCCUCCUGCUGGUCGGAGGACUAAACUAACCUUUAUUUACAGUUUCACAAAUGACAAAAUGUUUACUUUUAAAGAAAUAACUGUUGAGUUAUCAAACAUAAUACACACUGUGAGUUAAAUGGUGCUGCAGCUGUUUUGUUUAUCUGAAGUAGUUUUAGUUUGUGGUGUUUCAUGUGUAUCUGUGGUUUGUCUGAUAAUAAAUUCAAUCCAGGUCUGCGGUCA